AUGCAUGGAGCUAUUAAUAAUCCGUCGUUAUGGCUUCAUUAUUCAUGCAUUUCAAAGCGUGGUACACUUGGAAUAAGAUGGAUAUCACGCAGUGAUCAAUUCAACUUGGCUACAAUGCAUAUUGAUUUAUCAUCAGCUUCGCCAGACAUCUACCACUGGCAGCAAGAAACAACAGCUAUUCAACGUUUUUUAUCGUCUGCUGAACAAAUUGAACAAGAAAGAUUUGGUGAAGCAUUAUCAUUAGUGCCGACACAUCCAUUAUACAGCCAUCCGUUUGCUAUAUCAAAUGUUAAAAUUGGCAUCAAUGGAUUUGGUCGUAUUGGUCGACUUGUAUUUCGAUGUGCACUUGAACAAGCUGUUCAAGUAAUUGUUGUCAAUGGUGCCGAAUAUGUUGUUGAAUCAACCGGUGUAUUUACAACAGUAGAUAAAUGUCAACCACAUAUACAAGCUGGUGCUAAAAAAGUUAUCAUUACAGCUCCAUCAGCUGAUGCUCCAAUGUUUAUUAUGGGAGUUAAUGAGGAGAAAUAUACAGGAAAAGAAACAGUUUUUUCAGUUGCAUCAUGUACAACAAAUUGUUUAGCACCACUUGCUAAAGUUGUUCAUGAAAAAUUUGGUAUUGUUGAAGCUUUAAUGACAGCUGUACAUUCAUACACUGCUACACAAAAAAUUGUUGAUAGUUCAUCAAAUAAAGAUUGGCGAGGUGGACAUGGAGCUGCACAAAAUAUUAUUCCAUUAUCAACCGAUGUUGCUAAAAGUAUCGGAAAAGUAAUUCCUGAUUUGAAUGGAAAAUUAACUGGUAUGGCUUUUCGUGUUCCAACACCAAAUGUUUCAGUUGUUGAUCUCACUGCUCGAUUAAACAAAGGUGCUAAAUAUGAAGAAAUUUGUGCUGCAAUUAAAGAAGCUGCUAAUGGUCCAUUAAAAAAUAUUUUGGCAUAUACCGAUGAAAAAGUUGUUUCAACAGAUUUUAUUGAUGAUACGCAUUCAUCAAUUUUUGAUGCUAAAGCUGGUAUUUCGCUCAAUGAUAAUUUUGUUAAACUUGUUGCAUGGUAUGAUAAUGAAUAUGGUUAUUUUGAUCGCGUGAUCGAUCUGAUUAGAUAUAUUGCCAAAAAAGAUCAUGAAGAUAAACUUGAACAAUCCUUCGAAUGA